UUGCGUCUGUUUACUUCUUGCUCGACAGCGUCUGCGCACGUCUCGUCACUUCUCGCGAGAACACGACCGAACCGGGAAAGGUCCUAACAGCUCGCUACUGCUCGAUGAAGCAAACGUUUGCCUGUCUUGUGGGCAUUUCACGGCUUUACUCCAAUCCUUCCGGGAGGAAGAUGACUCUGACGGCCACGUCUUCCUCGCACAAGACCAGCAUCUUGAGUAAAUUGGACCGUCUCAGGAAGCGCGACGUCCUGUGCGACAUCACACUGAUGGUGGAGGACGAGCACUUCCGGGCGCACAAGGCCCUGCUGGCGGCGAGCAGCGACUACUUCUCACAGCUCUUUACCAACCAGGACCAUGGAGGCGGUGGCGGCGCCACCUGCCGGCUUGACGGCGUGGCGGCCAGCAUGUGCGGCGCCGUGCUGGACUUCAUCUACAGCGCUCAGGUGUGCGUGGAGAAAGGCGGCACCCGGCAGCUGCUGGCCGCCGCUCGUCUGCUGCAGGUGGGCGACCUCGUCGAGGCCCUGCUGCCCGGACUCGGCGAGGGGGCGGAGCCAGAGCCGACCGCGCCGCCGAGGACCAAAAGGGCGCGGCCAAAGACGACGGUGGCGACGAGUAAGUCGGGAGAGGAAGACGACCGCGCCGAAGGAGCGUCGGAACGCGAAGAUCGGUCGAGUCGACGCAGGCGGCGCAAGAUCACCCCGCCGAUGAAGUACAGCGUCUUCAAGGUGGGCGCCGACGCUUCGGGAGGGGGAGAGUUGGGGAGGAGAGGAAGGAGGAGGAAGUACCCCGACACGGAGGCCAGGUGUGACGACUGCGGCAAAGUCUUCAAGAACCAUCUUUUCCUGAAGAUACACCAGCGCACUCACACAGGUGAGAAACCCUUCGUGUGCCAGGUGUGCGGGGCGGCGUUCACCCAGAAGCACACGCUGCUGGUCCACCUGCACAAGCACACCGGAGAGACGCCGUUUGUGUGCAGCGUGUGCUCCAAAGCCCUCGCCACCAAACACAGCCUGCAGGAGCACAUGAACCUCCACCAAGAAAACAAAUCCUUCUGCUGUGACAAGUGCGGGAAAAGCUUCACUCAGCAGAGGCAGCUAAAAAGUCACUACAGAGUCCACACGGGCAAGUCCCUUUCAGAGUGUGCUCAGUGCCACCGCAAGUUUUUGGACACGGCUCAGCUCAAAAAGCACCUGCGCACUCACACAGGUGAGAAGCCUUUCACCUGCGAGAUCUGCGGCAAGUGUUUUUCUGUCAAGAGCACUUUGCAGACGCACAUCAGAAUCCACAGAGGCGAAAAGCCGUACAGCUGCAGCGUGUGCGACAAGACCUUCUCGGACGCCAGCGCCAGGCGCCGCCACGUGGCCUCCCACUCGGGGAAGAAGCCCUUCACCUGCUCGGAGUGCGGCCUCUCCUUCACACGUCUGGACAACCUGAAAACGCACGUCAACUCGCACGACAAGGAGAGGCGGGAGGCCUCGCCGCGAGGAGACGGCCCGCAGGUCCAGAAGUACCAUCUCACGCCGGGCUCGGGGCAGGAGAUCCAGCUGAUGGCGACGGAGGACAACGCCGACUUUGCCCACAGCAUCAUCACCUCCGAGGAGUCGUCGGCCCAGUCGGGGAACAGGACGAGCGCGCAGGUGGGUCCUUCGGCGCACGUCAUCACGCUGAGCAAAGAGGCCAUGGAGCACCUGCGGACGCCGCACCUGCUACGCCUGGCGCAAGGACCGGUCCGGCAGCAGCAGGGGGCGCCGCCGCCGCACGCUCAGGCCAUCCACGUCAGCAACCAGGCCGGCCAGCCUAUCUCUAUCAGCCAGACCAGCGAGCACAUCCCCAGCCACAACAUCCACGGACACACCUUCCAGAUACAAGCCGGGACCGUCUCCUGCCUCUACACCCCCGCCAGACCGCUUAGCUGACACUAGCGACACCACCCUCACCUGGCAGCUCCAACACCUGAUUUUGGCGCUCUACCUUCCACAUUUUUCAUCCGAUUCAAAGCGUUCCAACUUCCAACUGUUCAGCCUCUUCGGGGAAUGGCGGGCUUUCCCUUGACAAAUUCCAAAAAUUCCCAGAUUUCCCAGAAUUUCAGGUUUCCCCGGACAUUUUUCCCAUUCAAAAUGAAUUGGCCGUUUUUCAAAGUUCCACCAUUUCCACAUUUUUCACCCGAUUCAAAGCGUUCCAACUUCAAACUGUUCAGCCUCUUCGGGGAAUUGCGGGAUUUCCCUUGACAAAUUCCAAAAACUCCCAGAUUUUCCAGAAUUCCAGGUUUUCCCGGACAUUUUUCCCAUUCAAAAUGAAUUGGCCGUUUUUCAAAGUUCCGCCAUUUCCACAUUUUUCAACCUAUUCAAACCAUUCCACCUUCAACACAUUCCACCAUUCUGGAAAUUCAAACUUCCCCUUUUCCAAGUUCAAAAAAAUUCCAGGAUUUUCCAGAAUUCCUGCUUUUCCAAAGCCCUAUUUCCACCCUUUUUUCUGGUGACUACUCCUUCCACAUUUUUCAACCCACUUCAAGCGUUCCACCAUCAAAACAUUCCUCUUAAUCAGGACAAAAAACUAAGUUGUAUUUUGAACUGGAAAAAUUCCCGGUUUUUCUUGAAAUUCCAGGAAUUCCGUAAUGCCAAAUCUCAAUUCAACAUGUUACUACUUCAACAUUUCUCCACCGAUUUGAAAAAUGUCAACACCAACCAUUUCAACUCAUUCAGACCAUUCAAGUUGUUUACCAUUUUCCAAAAAAAUUCCUGCUUUUCCAGAAAUUCCCAUUUUUUUCCAAGGAUAUUCUUCAAAGUUCCACAACUUCCACAUUUUUCAUCUGAUUCAAACUGUUGUAACUCCAAAAUAUUCAGCCUGUUCAGGAAUUGUGUUGCUGUACUUCAACAAUUCUAAAAGAAAUUCCCGGAUUUUCCAUAAUUCCUUUUUUUUUUUUGGCAUUUUCCCCAUUCAAAAUGAAUUGGCCAUUUUUCAAACUUCCACAAUUCCCCCAUUCUUCAAACUAUUCCACCUUCAACACAUUCCACCAUUCUGGGAAUUCAAACUACCAUUUUUCCAAGUUAAAAAAAAUUCCCGAAAUUCCCUAAUACCAUUUACUACUUCAACAUUUCUUGCCCGAUUUAAACAAUUCAAACACCAACCAAUUCAGCUCAUUCAGGACAUUCAUGCUCAUAAUCAUUUUCAAAAAAUCCUGCUUUCCCCCAAAUUUCCAGGAAGUUCCCAUUGAAAUGAAUGGGACAUUUUUCUAAGUUGCACAAAGUGGUGACCCUCGCCCCGUCCUUGUUUGUGAACGACUGAGCAUUUCAUGGAAGCUGCUUUUAUACCCAAUCAUGGCACCCACCUGUUCCCAAUUAGCCUCUUCACCUGUGGGAUGUUCCAAAUAAGACUUUGAUGAGCAUUCCUCAACUUUAUCACUCUUUUUUGCCACUUGUGCCAGCUUUUUUCAAACAUGUCGCAGGCAUCAAAUUCCAAAUGAGCUAAUAUUUGCAAAAAAUAACCAGUUGGAACGUUGAAUAUCUUGUCUUUGCGGUCUAUUCAAUUGAAUAUAAGUUGAAAA